AUGAAGUUUACAUAUACGGAUGAAGGAUUAAUGAAUACGCUUGGUUUCGACGCUGGCGAUUUAAACGGGCGUUCCCUGUAUGAUUAUCAUCACGCAGCCGACAGUGCAUCAUUGGCGCAUCAAUUUAAAUCAUUGUUCUCAAAGGGGCAAUGCGAAACCGGGCAAUACCGUUUCCUGGCGAAGUCUGGCGGCUACGCCUGGGUUCAAACCCAGGCCACUGUCAUCACAGACAAACAACAGAAGCCCAUCAGCGUCGUCUGCGUCAAUUACGUCAUAAGGUAG